UUGGCCAUUUAAAAUUUGCUUAACUUGAAUUCAUUUUAUGUAAAUCAUGAUUUACUAGAGAUCAUGGUUUUAAAUAACGGCCGUUACGUAGCGUAACGGCCGAUACGUAACGGAAAUCAGAGGGCCCGAAACCGAUACGGCCCGAUAUUGCGGUUCGGAAAAAAUUCACGGCCGUAACGGCCGUUACGGAGGCGUAACGGCACGUAACGGCCGAUACUCCAACGUUACAUGUCGUAACGUCCGUUACGGACCGUUACAUGGCCGACAGGUAGCAUAUUCGCUGACGGGCAGCAGGCAGCAACGCUGCUUUCCCCCUCUCCCCAGUCCCCACACCCAUCUGCCAUUCAAAGGCUAAAAAGGAAAGUUACAAACUGACCUUGAAAAUUUGUUGGCCUUCGGCAAUAAGAAGGCUUCGAAGCCUGAGAGUGAGCACACCGAGGCUACCGAGCAGAUCUACUCAGAAUUGCAGACUUGCAGUUCCAGGCUUCCAGUUCCAGCAACUUGGCGAGUCACCGGCGACGGAAAAAGGUCUGCAGCAGCUCCGCCAGUCAUCGCAGUCGGCACCUUCCUCCGCCAGUCGUCGCAGUCGCACCAGCCAGCCUCUCGAUUUCAGCUUCGGAGGCUCGGAGCUUGGAGUCAUCGCUGGCUCGCUGCUUUUGCUUCGCUCCUUCGACUGUUCGAGGCUCCUCUGAGUUCCCUCGAAUCCCUCCUCUCUCUCGGUCUGACUCGACUACAGGCCUCAGCAGAUCAUCAAAUUAAGUCUAUCAAUAUGUCACGUGAUAGAGGAAAUGAAAACUUACCUAGUGAAGAUAUUGGAUGGCAUUUUGGUACUGCGGUAGACGGUAAUAGACAUGUUAUUAUGUGUAAAUUAUGUGGGAAGAUAAUCAAAGGGGGCAUUACACGCUUGAAACAACACUUGGCACAUAAAAAGGGUCAAGUAGCUGGAUGCUCAAAUGUGACCACACAAGUAAGAGAACAAAUGAUGAAACAUCUACAACAGUAUGCUGAGAAGAAAAGAGAUAAACAAAAAAGGCAAGAAGAAGCAGAAGCCCAAAUUAGAGGAGAUUUUGAGAAUUUGAGCGAUGAAGAAGACUUUGAAGAAGAAAGUAUGAGAUUUGCUCGACAAGAAAGCAUGCGAUCACAACAACAAUGGGAAGAUAGACAAAGAUUUCGAGCAAGAACAACUGGAAGGGGUAAUAUUUAUGAAGAGGGAGGUGGCUCUGGCAGUGGUGCUACCAGUGGUUUCAAUAGAGCAGGAGCUCGAUCUUAUAGUGGUCGAGAAGCUGGAGGUAGUGGACGACAAUGGAUCAAUCCUGAUGCCCCUGAAGCUAGACUAAAGGCAAUGGAUCCUAUUUUAGAAAGAAGUAAGAGUGCGAAACAACCAAAACUCAACACAAAGUUACUGAAAGGUUUAAGAAGUAAAUUAGGAAAAGCGGUUGGAAAAUUCCUAAUUUAUAAUCGGAUUCCAGCGAAUGUAGCUGACUCUCCAUUUAUGCAGCCUAUGCUUGAUAUUGCUGUAGAGGUUGGAAAGGGGGUGAAGGGUCCAUCACCCUAUGAGAUAUCUGAAAUUUAUUUGGAGCAAGAGUAUCAAGAAAUGAAAAAUUAUAUAGCUUCUUUUGCUGGAAUUUGGAAGGAAAGAGGUGUAACACUUAUGUGUGAUGGUUGGUCAGGACCAACUAGAAAACACAUUAUAAACUUUUUAGUUUAUUGUGAUAGAGGCACCGUGUUUCAUAAAUCAGUUGAUGCCUCUGAUGUGCCAAGCAGAACAGCUGAAUAUUAUUUCAGAUUAAUGGAUGAGGUGGUUGAAGAAAUUGGAGAGGAGAAUGUUGUCCAAGUAGUGACUGAUAAUGAAGCUGCAAUGAAGGCAGGAGGAAAAUUAUUAAUGCAGAAGAGGCCCAAUCUCUAUUGGACAGCAUGUGCAGCUCAUUGCAUAGACCUUAUUCUUGAAGAUAUUGGUAAGAAAAGUAACGUGAAGAAGGUCUUAGAAGAUGCAAGAACAAUAACCUCAUUUAUUUACAACCACACAUGGACAGUGAAUUUCAUGAAGAAAUUCACAAAUAAUAGAGAGUUACUUCGCCCUGCCAUCACUCGAUUUGCCACAAAUUUCAUUGCUUUGGAGACUAUUGUCAGGCAUAAACAAGCACUAAGGGAAAUGUUUACAUCUGAUGCUUGGAAAAACUCAAGGUUUGGAAUGGCAAAAUCAGGCCCAGCAUAUGAUUCAAAGAAAAUUAUCUUAGGCAAAGAGUUUUGGCAAAAGGCCUCUGAUAUAAUUAAAGUGCAAGAACCCUUGGUGAAAGUUCUUAAAUUGGUUGAUGGUGAUGAAAAACCAACCAUGGGCUUCAUAUACGAGGCAAUUGAUAGGGCGAAGUUGGCCAUUCAAAAAGAUUGCCGGUUUUACAAAGACUAUUGGAAAAUUAUUGACAACCGGUGGAGUUUUCAGUUGCACCAAGAUUUGCACGCUGCUGGGUAUUUUUUGAACCCACAAUUUCUUUAUGGUGCCCCACCCUCUCCUGAAGUUGCUAGAGAAGUCAUGGAUGGAGUUAAAAAAGUGAUAACCAAGUUGGUACCCGAUAUAGAUACUCAAAUUCGGGCUAUUAAUCAAUUGUUGCUAUAUCGAGAUAGGCAGGAGACUUUUGGAACCCCGUUGGCUCAAAGGGCAGUGAAACAAACAAAUCCUGCUGAAUGGUGGAUUCAUUAUGGCUUGUGUGCUCCUGAGCUCCAAAGAAUAGCAAUUAGAGUUCUUAGUCAGACCACAUCAGCUUCGAACUGUGAGCGUAAUUGGAGCACCUUUAGCCUCAUCCAUACGAAAACAAGAAAUAGAUUAAAGUACAUGAGACUACAAAAACUUGUUUUCGUACAUUACAACAUGAGGUUAAAGUUAAGACGUACAAUGAGAAGAAGCCAACGAGAAAUUGAAGAGGGUUUCAAUCCUAUCAAUUUGGACUACAUUUUCGAAGAAGAUGAUCCUUUAAGUCAAUGGUUAGAGGAGAGAGAGACACCACUACUCGACGGUCAGGACAAUUCAAAUUGGUUAAAUGAAGAGGUUGGUGGUACUACAGAAGGAGGUGAUCAACCACCAAUAAACGCGCAUGAUGAUUCAGGUUCAAGCCCUGAACGUACACAAAGUGAUGACAAUCUUGGUUUGAGCCCACCAAGUGAUGAUGAUGGUAAUAGUGGUGCUGGAGCUGGGGUUGGGGGGGGGUGGCAGUGGUGGUGGUGGAGGCGGCGGUGUAGAAUAUAAUUAUGGAUAUGAUACAGGGACAUCAUUUGGAAGGGAUAUAUAUCCUUCUGAUCCUUAUGGACUACAUGACAUACCUGAAAAUUAUGACUUGGGUAUUCCUCCAGGGAACCAAUCUUCACAACCCAGGAGAAGGAGGAGUGCUCGUGGUGACCCUAGCGAUUCUACUGAAGAUUCAUAUGGUGUGGUUCGUAGUUUUGGCGACUUUGGUUUAGAUGGUUCAUCAUCACAAUCAUUUGGAUCUCAUCCAGCAUAUCCACAUUAUGCAUCUCGUGACUCACAUUUUUAUCCCAGUGGAUUAGGAAUCUCAGGAUCUAGUGAGUCUUCUUCUACACACUACCCAGAGCCAGCCCUUCCCCAACUUAUAGACAUUAUUCAGGAGAAUUUUCAUCACCAGUACAUUUUCAAGAGCAACAACAAAAUGAUGCAAACUUGGGUUCAUUCAACUAUGUAUUUCCACAAGGAUGGGGAGAUAAUUUCCCAUCCCAAUCUCAAGAUACAGAUGCAAAUUAUGAAGACCCUCCACGUCAUUCUUUUUGGUGGUGACAUGUGUUAUAUUAUAAAUUUGUAAUAUUGUAUUCAUGUAUUUUCAAUUAUUUAUUGAUAUUUGAUAUUAAUCACUUUUUAAAUUCAUGUAUGUGUAAUGUGUAUAUUGAGUAUUAAGUCUAUUGAGUAUUGAUUCAUUUUUAGUAACUUUAUGACUUAAAUUAAUUGAUUCUUACAUUUCUACAUCUUUUUACUCAUUAAAGUAAUGUAAACUAUAAAAAAAUAUGCUUUUUUUUGUAAACAGCGCACUAAAAUUAAUAUAAAAAUCAUAAUGCCUAUUAAAAAGCAUUUGUAGGUUGAAUGAAAGCCUUCAAAAUUCAUUAAAAAUCAUGUAUUAAUGGAUUUCAUGCUUAUUUUUUAAUUUUCGCAUGGUUGUGCAUGCGUGAAAAAAAUUCACGACCGUUACGCCCGCUUCCCGUUACGUAACACCCGCGUCUCCCGCGACCCGCGACACCCGCGACCGUUUCGCGACGUUACCCGCGACCGCGAUUUCGAACCAUGCUAGAGAUAGCUAUAAUAUUACAAAGUUCAAAUUAUUUUCAAGAUCUAAG